CAACCCUUGGAAAGCCCCAGCGACAUACAUCCUAUCUUGAUUUUUGAUACUUUUUGUAAAUACAUCAGAUCAUUCAUCUCAAAGUCAAAAUGCCCGAGUUGGCAGAGGUUGCACGCAUUGUGCAUUUCAUUCGACAGCACCUUGUUGGAAAGACGCUAUCCAAAGUACAGGCGCAGCAUGAUGAUAUCGUUUAUGGCAAAGUUGGGACCAGCGCAGCCGAAUUUCAAAAGGCAAUGCAAGGGAAAAAGAUUGUUGGUGCUGGCCAACAAGGAAAAUAUUUCUGGAUUACAAUGUCUUCACCACCACAUGCUGUGAUGCACUUUGGAAUGGCUGGUUGGUUGAAGAUCAAGGAUGCAGACACAUAUUACUACCGCUCAGACAAGCCUGCUGAUAAGGAAUGGCCGCCAAAGUACGCCAAGUUCAUACUGGAGACCAACGAGGAGCCAAAGACGGAGGCUGCAUUUGUGGACGCCCGCAGACUGAGUCGCAUUCGCCUGGUGGACUGCCCUGCUGAUGAGAUUCGCAAAAACACACCUCUCAAGGAAAAUGGACCGGAUCCUGUCGCGGACAAGGAUAUUGUGAAUGAAGCAUGGCUGAGGGAGAAGCUUAAGAGCAAAAGAGUUCCCAUCAAGGCUCUUCUGUUGGACCAAGCAAACAUUAGUGGAAUUGGAAAUUGGAUGGGUGAUGAGAUUCUAUACCACGCCAAAAUUCACCCGGAGCAGUACAGCAACACCUUGAACGACGACCAAAUCAAGGAGCUCAACAAAUCACUCCAUUACGUCUGUUCCACGGCUCUGGAUGUCCUAGCAGACUCGGAGAAGUUCCCUGAACACUGGCUUUUCAAACAUCGCUGGGGUAAAGGAAAGAAGAAUCAUCCAACCACUCUGCCCAAUGGGGACAAAAUCACCUUCCUUACUGUCGGCGGCAGAACGAGCGCCGUUGUACCCGCAGUCCAGAAGAAAACUGGCCCUGUGGCGAAAGAGGUCGAUGAAGACGAUACCCCUGCAAACUCGAAGCGAAAGCGGACCGUGAAACAAGAGGAUGGCUCUGAUCUCGAAGAAAAGCCCGAACCGAAAGUCGCUGAAUCAAAGAAGAGGAAAUCGACUGUCAAGAAGGAGGAGGAUAAUGAAGAAGAAAAGGAAACGAAGAAACCAGUUGAAAAUCCUGUUGGAAGGCGUCGCUCUACGCGGUCAAGAAAAUAAGGCAUCUAUGCGGGCAUCGAAAAGUCCCUGGCAAGCGGUCCGAGUCGCAAGGCUGUUCCUAUCUCGCAUGACCUAAUUGUUUGGGCCACUGUAGCGGUGAAGCCAAAUUCAAGCCCGAAGCUCGGCUAUGAGUUUGCACUCUAACUACACGGAUAUCGACGAUCUUCGAGGCUGAGUGAUAACAAGCUGUAACUAAUGUGAGAAAGACGCAUAGGUUAAUAUUUCAAUCUCGGGGCCAAACGAACCUGGAAGACUUAGAAAAG